GCUGGGACCCGGCCGAGCGUUUCUCACUGAAUCAGAUCGGGUGGGAUCACUCGGUGACCUGCGCAUUUAUUUGGGUUCACAGACAGAACCCCGGGAAGAAUGCUUCAGUCCUUUGAUGUGCUCGUGUUUUUAAUUCCAAAACAUCAUCCCAGACGCCGUGUCUCUGCUGCAGUCCUUCCUGCAGACUUUAGUAUCAUUCCCUUCGUCGUAGAGUCCAAGUUUUAAAUUUUUUUUUAUUUGUAAAAAAUUUGUCGGGACAAAUUAAAAAAAAAAAGAUAGGCGGAAUGAAUGAUUUACAGUCAACAGUAAAUGCAGCUGUUGGUAUAUUGCUCAGUUUUCUGCCAAACAUACUGACAACCCCCUCCCAGGUCCUCCACCGCCGUGCACCUGGACCUGUAAGCAACCCCCCCCCCCAAACAAAAACAAAAGCAAACAAAAACCUUUAUUUUGGUGCAAUGCAAUUCAAGCUCUGAGGCUGCCUUCUUUGUCACUCUCUUAGGAGUGUAGAAUAGUGCCGGGUUCAUCCGGGUGAACGACUAAUUCUUAGGUGAAUAAAGGAAACAGAAUUGAAAAAGUUUCUAGAGGGAACCGUAGAGACUUUUAAAUUUUUUUUUUUUAAAUGAUUUCAGGUUUACACCAGUUAGUUGCACAGCACAGCCAUCCCGUGAUUUUUAUCCAUCUUCGCCAAAUUGUAACCUGUAAAAUGCUGAAAGCAAAAUCUGAAGGGAAGCUUACGAAACAGAUUUGCAAAGUUGUGUUAGAUCAUUUUGAAAAACAAUAUUCCAAAGAACUUGGAGAUGCCUGGAAUACAGUAAGGGAUAUACUAACAUCUCCACCAUGCUGGCAGUAUGCUGUCCUCCUUAACCGAUUCAACUAUUCUUUGGAACUGGAAAAGGAUUUACGUUUGAAAGGCUAUCACACACUCUUUCAAGGAUCUUUGCCCUAUUAUCCUAAAUCAAUGAAAUGCUAUCUUAGCAGAACUUCUGAACGAAUGCCUUCAGAAAGACAUCAAGAUGGGAACUUGAAAAAAUACUAUCUCCUGAAUGCUGCCUCUUUGCUCCCAGUCCUAGCUCUGGAAUUACAAGAUGGGGAAAAGAUCCUGGAUAUGUGUGCUGCUCCUGGAGGCAAAUCCCUAGCUCUGCUGCAGUGUGCUUACCCAGGUAGUGCGUUCUGACUUUAGUUUUGGCAACCUCAUGUUAUAAGAUACCAAUAGAGAGAAAUGUCAAACUGAGUUUGUAGACUUUGAAAAACCAUGAGAGUGUGAAGAAUGGAAUUUUUUAAAACUUGUUUUUAAUUGGUGGGGUUACUGCAUUGCAGUGUAUUCAAAGGAGGUCUCGAAACUUUACAUCAGGCUCAACCUGACGCUGUUGACUGGCUACGAAAGAAGGGCAAACGCUAGAAGAAGAAGUGUAUUCAUUGUCCACGUGCAUGUAAUUUCAUUAUGCACCCGAGCAACCCCCACAGUUCUCUGCCACAGCCCCCUAGCCACUCCCUUCCUGCCCCAGAAUUCCUUGUUUGCAUGAAAUAAGCCAUGCCCAGUUCACGUUUCACUUCUUCCCCGGUCCCACUUCUAAGUGAGAUGAUUCGGUGUCCGUCCUUCUCUUGUUGACUUAUCUCACUUAACAAGAUGUCUUCCAGUUUCAUCCAAGAUGAUGCAAAGGAGACAACUUCAUGAUUUUUAACAGCUGAAUGGUAGAAUGGAGUUUUUUUUAAUCAGACAAAAAUCAAUGUGAAGAACACCUUGUUUCCACAAACUUUUUCAAUCCUAAAAGAUAUUGGGAAACAAUUUUAAAGUUUAAAAACAAAACUAAAACAUUUUGUGAACACAAAUAUGCCAGGUUGUAUUAACUCUAAUAAGCCAGUAAUAAAGGUUUCCAAAUUUUUCUUUACAUUUACACUUUUUUUUAUUGUUAUCCCUAUGACACCUCUGUGUAACAAAAAACCAUAUAUUUAAUAAAAAAUUUAAAUAAUUUUUAUUUAUUUUAUUUUGAUGAGGGAGAGUUACAGAGAGAAAGACACCAAGAGACAGUCCAGAGCACUGCUCAGCUCUGGUUUUUGGUGGUGCUGGGGAUUGAACCUGGGACUUUAGACCCUCAGGCAUGAGAGUCUUUUGCAUAACCAUUAUUAUCUUUACCUAGUCCUCAAAUUUCCUUGUACUGUGAAAUUCUAAAGCAGUUUUGUUGAGUAGAAAUAUAAUCCGCAGCCUGGGAGGUGACUUAGGACUUAC